CACCUCAGUCAACACGGACGGGCAUAGAGGCAUAGACGACCCUAACCCCUAUCUCUGCCUUUCUCUCGCUACUCUUCCAGGAAAAACCCUAGAACCUCCGAUCUCAAGUUCCAUAUUCGUAAAAAAGAAAAAGCCAUUAAAAAAAAAUUAAUAUCAAGAUUUGAUCAUUUUCCUUUCGUCUAUUUCAACACUUCCUUGUAUGUGACGUUGUCACUCUAGUCUCAUCCAAUGUCGUCGGAGAUCGAGGUCGUUGACGAAGUCGAAUCCCGUGAUCCGGCGAUAAAUGGAGGGGGGGCCGCCGGAGGUGGUUUUUCCGGGGAACCGAGUGGGAUCGGCGCUGCCGAUGAGAGUCUUCGGAAUGAUGUCUACACGGCGGCUGCUUAUGGGGAUAUGGAGAAGUUGCAGAGGUUGGUGGAGUUCGAGGGCUGUUCGGUUUCCGAGCCGGAUGGGCUUGGGUACUAUGCUUUGCAGUGGGCGGCUCUGAAUAAUCGAACCGCGGCUGCGCAGUAUAUCAUGGAGCAUGGAGGAGAUGUAAAUGCAGUAGAUCACACUGGGCAGACAGCACUUCACUGGUGUGCUGUGCGGGGUGCAAUCCAGGUUGCAGAGCUAUUACUCCAAGAGGGUGCUCGGGUUAACACAGCUGAUAUGUAUGGCUAUCAGACAACACAUGUUGCAGCACAAUAUGGUCAGACUGCUUUCCUAUACCACAUUGUUACAAAAUGGAAUGCUGAUCCUGAUGUUCCUGAUAAUGAUGGAAGAAGUCCUUUACACUGGGCUGCUUAUAAAGGUUUUGCCGAUUGUAUACGUCUUCUUUUAUUUCUGGACGCAUAUAGGGGACGCCAGGAUAAAGAGGGUUGUACGCCUCUCCAUUGGGCUGCUAUUAGGGGCAACUUAGAGGCAUGCACAGUGUUAGUGCAGGCUGGGAAGAAGGAGGACCUAAUGAUGACCGACAAUACUGGCCUUACACCAGCACAACUGGCUUCUGAUAAGAAUCAUAGACAAGUUGCUUUUUUCCUUGGAAAUGCUAGGAGAUUGCUAGACAAACGAUGUGAUGGUAACAGCCGCCUUGGACAACUUUCAAAAUUAGGACUUGCACCGAUUCUUUGGUGUAUAAUCUUACUUCUACUUGUGACCUAUAUUCAUUCAGCCAUCAUUGCAUCAGAACUGCCCGGGUUAACGGCUGGCUUUGGCCUCCUUGCAUGGUUUGGUGUCUUCCUUGCAAGUGCUGGAUUAGUUAUGUUUUACAAAUGUAGCAACAAGGAUCCUGGUUUCAUUAGAAUGAACGUAAAUGAUCCACAAAGUAUGAAAGAUGAGGAACCUCUACUGAAGAUUGAGAUAAACAAUCCUGCCUUGCUAGCUGGGAAUUGGUCUCAGCUAUGUGCUACAUGCAAGAUUGUCAGACCUCUUCGUGCAAAGCACUGUUCCACCUGUGAUCGAUGUGUUGAACAGUUUGACCAUCAUUGCCCUUGGGUAUCUAAUUGCAUUGGCAAGAAAAACAAGUGGGAUUUCUUCUUGUUUCUUGUUCUAGAAGUUUCCGCCAUGUUGAUUACUGGAUCAGUUACUCUCACAAGAAUUUUGACUGAUCCGGCAGCUCCAUCUUCUUUUGGAGCAUGGAUGAAUUAUGCUGGUAGACAUCAUAUUGGUGCCAUAUCGUUUCUGAUUGUGGAUUUUUUCCUCUUCUUUGGUGUGGCUGCCUUGACAGUUGUACAAGCUUCUCAGAUAUCGCGCAAUAUUACAACAAAUGAAAUGGCUAAUGCAAUGCGCUAUAGCUAUCUUAGAGGGCCUGGUGGUCGGUUCAGGAACCCAUACGAUCGUGGGUUGAGGAAGAACUGUUCAGAUUUCCUGAUCAAUGGCUACAAUGAAGAUGAGGAACACAUUGAAGAACCAGCUCAUUCCGAUGGAAUUGGAAUGAUGCAGAUGGCUAGGAACUCAAAUCUCCAAAAUGGAGAUGCCCUUUCCCAUCAUACCAAUGGCAAUGGCCAUGUCGCUAUCAAUGUGAAGAACUGUAGGUCCCAUCAUGGCCAUGUUCAUUCAUCGCAUUGCAGCCACAGUAACCAUGGCAAGACUGAGAGUCCCUCUGGCUUGGGUAUUGGGCUUGGAAGGAACAAUACUCGUUCUGUUGUAGCCUCAUGAUUGAGUGCCCUCCCCCUCCCUCUCCUGUUGUAGGCCUUGUGAUUGAAUGCCCUGUUUUGUAUUAUAACCACAAUGCAUCAUCUUGAGUUUGGCAUAAUUCAAUUGAUUAUUACUCUUUUCUACCCAA